GAAGAGGCAUACGAAUUCGGGAUAUCCUAAAAGAUGAAGAAAAACUGACACUAUUUCUCAUAAAAAGCAUUGGCCUGCCUGACUCAGUUGUCUACCUUCUGGUCAACUCCCAAGUUCGUCCAGAGCAGUUUGCUCAUGGAGUCCCAGACCUGGUGCUGAAGGACAUCGCCUGCAGUGAGGCCCUCCUGGAGCGCUUCAUCAUCUUCAGCCAGCGACGUGGGGCACAGACCGUGCGUGCCGCCAUCUGCCCCCUCUCCCAGGUCACCCUGCAGUGGAUGGAAGACACUCUGUAUGCCAACGUGGACUUCUUCAAGCUCUUCCGUGUGCUUCCCACACUCGUAGACAGCAGUUCUCAAGGUAUUAAUCUGAGAUCCUGGGGAAGGAUAUUAUCUGAUAUGUCACCAAGAAUUCAAGAGUUUACCCAUCGGAAGAGUGUUCAAGACUUGCUGUGGGUGACCAGACUGCUCAUGCAGGGUGGCGGCCCAGAGACUUUCCCGCAGCUGAUGGGCAUCCUGUCUGACCUCCUGUGUGGCUACCCAGAGGGAGGAGGCUCUCGGGUGUUCUCCUUCAACUGGUAUGAAGACAAUAACUAUAAGGCCUUCCUGGGGAUUGACUCUGCAAGAAAAGAUCCUAUCUAUUCUUAUGAUAAAAGAACAACGGCCUUUUGUAAUGCAUUGAUCCAGAGCCUGGAGUCUAAUCCUUUAACCAAAAUAGCCUGGAGGGCAGCAAAGCCUUUGCUGAUGGGAAAAAUCCUCUUUACUCCAGAUUCUCCUGCAGCACGAAGGAUAAUGAAGAAUGCCAACUCAACUUUUGAAGAACUGGAGCGCUUUAGGAAAUUGGUCAAAUCCUGGGAAGAAGUAGGACCUCAGAUCUGGUACUUCUUUGACAAGAGCACACAGAUGACCGUGAUCAGAGACACCCUGGAGAACCCAACAGUAAAAGGCUUUGUGAACAGGCAGCUCGGUGAAGAGGGGAUUACUGCCGAAGCCAUACUAAACUUCCUCUACAGGGGUCCUCGAGACAGCCGGCCGGACAACAUGGCCGACUUUGACUGGAGGGACAUAUUUAACAUCACUGAUCGCACUCUACGCCUGGUUAAUCAAUACCUGGAGUGCUUGAUCCUGGAUAAGUUUGAAAGCUACGAUGAUGAAGUUCAGCUCACCCAUCGAGCCCUGUCUCUGCUGGAGGAAAACAGGUUCUGGGCUGGUGUGGUGUUCCCUGACAUGUAUCCCUGGACCAGCUCUCUACCACCCCACGUGAAGUACAAGAUCCGGAUGGACAUAGACGUGGUGGAGAAAACCAACAAGAUCAAAGACAGGUACUGGGACUCUGGUCCCAGAGCUGAUCCCGUGGAAGAUUUCCGAUACAUCUGGGGAGGGUUUGCCUAUCUGCAGGACAUGCUUGAACAGGGCAUCACAAGAAGCCAGGCUGGGGCUGAAGCUGCAGUUGGAGUCUAUCUCCAGCAGAUGCCAUACCCCUGCUUUGUGGAUGACUCUUUUAUGAUCAUCCUGAACCGCUGUUUCCCUAUCUUCAUGGUGCUGGCAUGGAUCUACUCUGUCUCCAUGACUGUAAAGAGCAUCGUCUUGGAGAAGGAGUUGAGACUGAAGGAGACCUUGAAAAAUCAGGGUGUCUCCAAUGCAGUGAUUUGGUGUACCUGGUUCCUGGACAGCUUCUCCAUCAUGUCAAUGAGCAUCUUCCUCCUGACGAUAUUCAUCAUGGUUUCCUCUUUCUUUGCCUGUCUCUUUUUAGGGGACUAUGGAACCCCACUUCCUUGGUUCUUCCUUCUACAAGAGUCCUAUUGGCUUGGUGGUGAAGGGUGUUCAACCAGAGAAGAAAGGGCCCUGGAAAAAACCGAACCCAUAACAGAGGAGAUGGAAGAUCCAGAAAACCCAGGAAUAAACGACACCUUCUUUGAACGUGAGCUUCCAGGUUUGGUUCCUGGGGUAUGUGUGAAGAAUCUGGUAAAGAUUUUUGAGCCCUAUGGCCGGCCAGCUGUGGACCGUCUUAACAUUACCUUCUACGAGAACCAGAUCACAGCGUUCCUGGGUCACAAUGGAGCAGGGAAAACCACCACGUUGUCUAUCCUGACAGGUCUGUUGCCACCAACAUCAGGGACUGUGCUCAUUGGGGGAAAGGACAUUGAAACCAGCCUGGAUGCCAUCCGACAGAGCCUUGGAAUGUGUCCGCAACACAACAUCCUGUUCCACCACCUCACGGUGGCUGAGCACAUCCUGUUCUAUGCCCAGCUGAAGGGCAAGUCGUGGGAGGAGGCCCGCCUGGAGAUGGAGGCCAUGCUGGAGGAGACAGGCCUCCACCACAAGAGGAAUGAAGAAGCUCAGGACCUGUCAGGUGGCAUGCAGAGGAAGCUCUCUGUUGCCAUUGCCUUUGUGGGAGAUGCCAAGGUGGUCGUCCUGGACGAGCCCACCUCUGGGGUGGACCCCUAUUCAAGACGCUCCAUCUGGGACCUGCUCCUGAAGUAUCGCUCAGGCAGAACCAUCAUCAUGUCCACUCACCAUAUGGACGAGGCAGACCUCCUUGGGGACCGCAUCGCCAUCAUUUCCCAGGGAAGGCUCUACUGCUCGGGCACCCCGCUCUUCCUGAAGAACUGCUUUGGCACAGGCUUCUACUUAACCUUGGUGCGCAAGAUGAAAAACAUCCAGAGCCAAAGAAAAAGCAGCGAGGGGACCUGCAUGUGUGCAUCUAAGGGCUUCUCCAUCAGGUGCCCAGCCUGUGUCGAGGAGGUAACUUCAGAACAGGUCUUGGACGGGGACGUGAAUGAGUUGAUGGAUGUGGUUUGCCACCACGUUCCAGAGGCAAAGCUGGUGGAAUGCAUUGGUCAGGAACUUAUCUUCCUUCUUCCGAAUAAGAAUUUCAAGCAGAGAGCAUACGCCAGCCUUUUCAGAGAGCUGGAGGAGACGCUGGCUGACCUGGGGCUCAGCAGCUUUGGAAUUUCUGACACUCCCCUGGAAGAGAUUUUUCUGAAGGUCACGGAGGAUUCUGACUCGGGACAUCUGUUUGCUGGUGGCACUCAGCAGAAAAGGGAAAAUGUCAGCCUCCGACACUCCUGUUUGGGUCCUGGCGGGAAGGCCACACAGACUGCCCAGGGCUGCACCACCAGCUCCCCAGCACCAGCUGCUCCUCCCCAGGGCCAGACCCCCCCAGAGACAGAGGACCCUGGCGCCCGGCGCAACACGGGAGCAAGGCUCUUCCUCCAGCACGUGCAGGCACUGCUGGUCAAGCGAUUCCACCACGCCGUCCGCAGCCACAAGGAUUUCCUGGCCCAGAUUGUACUCCCGGCCACCUUCGUGUUUUUGGCUCUGUUGCUUUCCAUCAUCAUCCCUCCUUUUGGUGAAUAUUCCUCGUUGACCCUCCAUCCGUGGAUGUAUGGGCAGCAAUACACCUUCUUCAGCUUGGACGAGCCGGGAAGUGAGCGCUUCGUGGUACUUGCAGACGUCCUCCUGAACAGGCCAGGCUUUGGCAACCGCUGCCUGAAGGAAGAAUGGCUUCCGGAAUACCCCUGUGGCAAUUCAACCCCCUGGCAGACUCCUUCUGUGUCUCCAAACAUCACCCGCCUAUUCCAGGAGCAGAAAUGGACACCAGACAACCCCUCACCUUCCUGCAGGUGCAGCACCAGGGAGAAGCUCACCAUGCUGCCUGAGUGCCCCGAGGGUGCCGGGGGACUCCCGCCCCCUCAGAGAACGCAGCGCAGCACUGAAAUUCUACAAGACCUCACGAACAGGAACAUCUCCGACUUCUUGGUAAAAACGUACCCUGCUCUUAUAAGAAGCAGCUUAAAGAGCAAAUUCUGGGUCAACGAACAGAGGUAUGGAGGAAUUUCCAUCGGAGGAAAGCUCCCGGUUGUCCCCAUCACUGGGGAAGCCCUUGUGGGUUUUUUAAGCGAACUUGGCAAGAUAAUGAAUGUGAGCGGGGGCCCUAUCACCAGAGAGGCCUCAAAAGAAAUGUCUGAUUUCCUUAAACAUCUGGAAACUGAAGACAACAUUAAGGUGUGGUUUAACAACAAAGGCUGGCAUGCCCUGGUCAGCUUUCUCAACGUGGCCCACAAUGCCAUCUUGCGGGCCAGCCUGAAGGAGGACAAGAGCGCCGAGGAGUACGGGAUCACCCUCAUCAGCCACCCCCUGAACCUGACCAAGGAGCAGCUCUCAGAGAUUACAGUGCUGACCACUUCGGUGGAUGCCGUGGUUGCCAUCUGUGUGAUUUUCGCCAUGUCCUUCGUCCCAGCCAGCUUCGUCCUCUAUUUGAUCCAGGAGAGGGUGAACAAGGCCAAGCACCUCCAGUUUAUCAGUGGAGUGAGCCCCCCCACCUACUGGCUGACCAACUUCCUCUGGGACAUCAUGAAUUAUGCUGUCAGUGCUGGAUUGGUGGUGGGCAUCUUCAUCGGCUUUCAGAAGAAAGCCUACACCUCUCCACAGAAUCUUCCAGCCCUUGUCGCACUGCUCAUGCUGUAUGGGUGGGCAGUCAUUCCCAUGAUGUACCCAGCAUCCUUCCUGUUUGAUGUCCCCAGCACAGCCUAUGUGGCUUUGUCUUGUGCUAAUCUGUUCAUCGGCAUCAACAGCAGUGCCAUCACCUUCAUCUUGGAAUUAUUUGAGACGAACCGGACGCUGCUCAGGCUCAACGCCAUGCUGAGGAAGCUGCUUGUCAUAUUCCCCCAUUUCUGCCUCGGCCGAGGCCUCAUUGACCUGGCGCUGAGCCAGGCUGUGACAGACGUCUAUGCCCGGUUUGGUGAGGAGCACUCUUCAAAUCCGUUCCAGUGGGACCUGAUCGGGAAGAACCUGGUGGCCAUGGCGGUGGAAGGGGUGGUGUACUUCCUCCUGACCCUCCUCAUCCAGCACCACUUCCUCCUCACCCAGUGGACUGCCGCGCCCGCUAAGGAGCCUAUUGUUGAUGAAGAUGAGGACGUGGCUGAAGAAAGACAAAGAAUUCUUAGUGGGGGAAAUAAAACUGAUAUCUUAAGUCUAAAUGAACUAACCAAGGUUUACUCAGGCACCUUCAGCCCAGCGGUGGACAGGCUGUGUGUCGGAGUCCGCCCUGGAGAGUGCUUUGGCCUCCUGGGAGUGAAUGGUGCUGGCAAAACAACCACAUUCAAGAUGCUUACUGGGGACACCACAGUGACCUCAGGCGAUGCCACUGUAGCAGGCAAGAGUAUUUUAACCAAUAUUUCUGACGUCCAUCAAAACAUGGGCUACUGUCCUCAGUUUGAUGCAAUCGAUGACCUGCUCACAGGGCGAGAACAUCUUUACCUUUACGCCCGGCUCCGAGGUGUACCAGCAGAGGAAAUUGACAGGGUUACCAACUGGAGUAUUCAGAGCCUGGGCCUGUCUCUCUACGCAGACUGCCUGGCUGGCACGUACAGCGGGGGCAAUAAGCGCAAACUCUCCACAGCCAUGGCACUUAUCGGCCACCCGCCACUGGUGUUGUUGGAUGAGCCCACCACGGGGAUGGACCCCCAGGCACGCCGCAUGCUGUGGAACAUCAUUGUGGGCAUCAUCAGAGAAGGGAGAGCCGUGGUCCUCACAUCCCACAGCAUGGAAGAAUGUGAGGCACUGUGUACCCGGCUGGCCAUCAUGGUGAAGGGCACCUUCCAGUGUCUGGGCACCAUUCAGCACCUCAAGUCCAAGUUUGGAGAUGGCUAUGUUGUCACAAUGAAAAUCAGGUCCCCGAAGGACGACCUGCUUCCUGACCUGAAUCCCGUGGAGCAGUUCUUCCAGGGGAACUUCCCAGGCAGUGUGCAGAGGGAGCGGCACUACAACAUGCUGCAGUUCCAGGUCUCCUCCUCCUCCCUGGCCAGGAUCUUCCAGCUGCUCAUCUCCCACAAGGACAGCCUGCUCAUCGAGGAGUACUCGGUCACGCAGACCACUCUGGACCAGGUAUUUGUGAAUUUUGCUAAACAGCAGACUGAAACUCAUGACCUCCCUCUGCACCCUCGAGCUGCCGGAGCCAGCCGUCAAGCCAAGGCGUGAUCUCCUUCCACACUGCUCGUUCCUCAAAGCCAGAAAGGAGCUCUGGGCAGCGGAAGUGCAGGAGCCUUUGCCCUUGGGGACAUCUGAACGAACCAGCCAGCAUACAUGAUCCCCCUGCAGCAGAAAACAAACACAUGAGGAGCAUGCAGUGAACUCAAAAGGAGGCUCUUUCAGAAGGAAAUGAAAACUGACUUGCUCCCCUGGAACACCUGAUGGUGAAACCGACCAGCCAAACCAGUACAAAACCCUCCUCACCCAGACCACAGAAACAGAAAUCCCAGUCCAUCCCACUAGUAGGUUUGGCUUUGGUAUCACUCUCGUUUCAAGUGGAUCUGCUUUCUCUCUCUGUCUCUUUCUGUCUCUGUUUAUGCACCUGUGUGCAUGUGUGUGUUGUUUUCAAGGAGAAAUAAAAUGCAAACAGACUCAUCACAAACU